CGCCGGCCCGGCCAGCAUUUCAUUUUACAAGGGCAGGACCCAGUGAGGGGAGGCCCAACCGGAACCUUUGGGGUCUGUGUCUUUUACUCCGUAUACUAGGAGGUCAUUAUUAGCAAUUCUCCCGUCUCAUCCCCAACAAACUGCUCUCGAAUUUCUGAGAAACUCUAAUCCAUUCAUCAUCGGGCACCUUCACAGUGACAAGGAGAUGACAGAACCUUCUCAAAGGCAGAAGUGUCGAUGGCUGACCCCGACUGAGCCAUCUCUGGCACGUUUUAUUUAUUUGUUUUAAUUCCGGUUAGGAAAGAAAACCAGCCAAAUUCGGGACCUUUAAGCAUUCGUUUGGCGUUUGCCUUUGUCCCUCGGAGGUCCUCCCGUUGGCAGAGGCCGCUUGGGGGUAACCGGGCAGGGCUCUCUCCCUCUCCCGCCCCCUGCAGGAGGAGAACUCCCUCUUCAUCAUGACCAACAUGAUUGCCACCGUGAACCAGACCCAAGGCUUCUGCCCCGAGAUUCCAGACGAGACCAAUCUGUGUCAGUCAGAUAGCGACUGUCCUGCUGGCUCUACGGACACCCACAGCAGUGGAGUCACAACAGGAAGGUGCGUGCCCUUCAACGGGACCACGAAGACAUGCGAGGUGGCAGCCUGGUGCCCAGUGGAAGAUGAUGCACAGGUGCCAAGACCUGCUUUUUUGAAGGCUGCAGAAAACUUCACUCUGCUGGUGAAGAACAGCAUCUGGUACCCCAAGUUUAACUUCAGCAAGAGAAACAUCCUUUCCAACAUCACCACGACCUACCUCAAGUCGUGCAUUUACGACGCUGUAACAGAUCCCUUCUGCCCCAUCUUCCGUCUGGGCCAAAUAGUAGAGAACGCGGGGCACAGCUUCCAGGACAUGGCCGUGGAGGGCGGCAUCAUGGGCAUCCAGAUCAAAUGGGACUGCAACCUGGACAGAGCCGCCUCCCACUGCCUGCCCCGGUACUCCUUCCGCCGCCUGGACACCCGCGACCUGGACCACAAUGUGUCUCCCGGCUACAACUUCAGGUUCGCCAAGUACUACAUCGACCUGGCCGGCGCCGAGCACCGCACGCUCAUCAAGGCCUACGGCAUCCGCUUCGACAUCAUCGUGUUUGGAAAGGCUGGAAAAUUUGACAUCAUUCCAACCAUGAUCAACAUUGGCUCCGGCCUGGCGCUCCUCGGGGUGACCACGGUGCUGUGUGACAUCAUUGUCCUCUACUGCAUGAAAAAGAAAUACUACUAUCGGGAGAAGAAGUACAAGUACGUGGAGGAUUACGAGCAGGGGAUCAUCGACAACGAGAUGGAGCGGUGAUGCCUGCCCGCACCUGGGCCCCCCACGGCCCUCGUCAAAGCCAAGUGGGGAGCAAAGAGAAGGGAGAAAAGGCCGCCGGGGCGCCCCAGGGGACGUCCGUGAUUCUGAGUCAGUCUCCGCUCCACCAUGCUUCAGGGUGGCCCAGCUGCCCCCGUGCUCUGUGUUGCAGGACGUGCAUCAUAAACCUCGCUGUUCCUUCCAACUUGGGUCCUUGGGGUGAGCUGUGGCCUGCAGGGCUGGGGCCUUCUCCAGGGCCAGCUCUCCUCUGCAGCCCCCGCAAGGCAGGUCCAGGAGCGCAAGGACACCUGGGCUCGGUCCCCGAGCGUGCGGCAUGCCCGGGCGGCCGGUCCCCUUUCCCCACCACACUUUGCUCAAUCACGAGGCGGAGUUAGCGUUUCUCUUUUGAGAAGAGGUAUUUGAAAAGAUGACCGAGGGACCAAACAUUAAAGCAGAUGAUUUUCUUAACCUC